CGUUGACAGGCAGCGUCAUGCUGAACGCAUACAUGUAAGCCCGAUUGGGCACUUUGCGAUUGUUUCUGCGUAAACAUUCGCACUCACUUUUUUUUCUUCGUUUCGACCUUUCUCAUGGCCGGCUUGGGGAGACGGGGCAAUCUCGGCCAGCUCUGGCUGCGCGGGACGCGUCGAAGACUGCAUACAGACCGCACAACAACCACGCCCAGGCACCCCGCAGCAACAUUUGGCUUGCGCUACGGCCCUCCAGUCCUCCUCGCAGCAGCUUCUGCCGGCUAUCUCUCUUCGCAGUACUCGCCAUGGCCCCUCCUGCGCCCCACCCUUCUCGACGCGCCCGCUGCGUGGUCGUCAGGCAACCCAGCCACGCAAACAAGAGACGCUUCCACCAGUGCCAAGAAGCGUAGCAAGAGCAGCAACGAACAGGACUCGCCCAAACCCGGAGAGCAAGACGCUCCCCCGCAAACACGCAUCGCAAAAGGCUACAGCGAGAUUGGCACAGAGACGGCCUUGUCAGCAUGGCAGACUAUCUCGAGCAGCCUCACGAACACGCCCAAGCAUGUCACCGUCAUUGGAGACACCAUCGCCGACUACAUCAUCCCGAACUGGGUCAAGGUGAUACCCGGUUUCAUCCGCAAACUGCAGAAUGAGCUGUCCAUGGCCCCUGGGUCGCUGGCAGAGGAAAUCUGGUUCGAAGCAAACAACCCCGAGGCCAAUCCGGAGAUCACCUGGGACGCUUCGGUGCGCAUCUCUGACGACCUGUGCCAAGAGGAGAAGGCCUUCUUGCAGAACAGGGCCCUCUUCACCAAGAGCGCCCUUGCCCGCUACCUCGACAUCCCAGAAGCAGAGAUCCACCCCGAUGAUGUUCCAGUCAUUGCCAUGUGCGGGUCUGGCGGUGGGCUGCGCGCUCUUGUUGCAGGCACAUCUUCCUACCUAUCUGCCAAGGAGCAGGGCCUGUUCGACUGCGUCACGUACACGGCUGGUGUGAGUGGCAGCUGCUGGCUCCAGACGCUCUACUACUCGGACGUCAGCCAGCAGAGCCAUGCUCACCUCAUUCGACACUUGAAAAACAGACUGGGUGUGCACAUGGCCUUCCCGCCCGAUGCGCUGGAACUCCUUGUAAGCGCACCUACAAGCAAAUACCUUCUCAGUGGGCUAGUAGAGAAGGCCAAAGGCAUCCCUGAUGCCGAUUUCGGCAUUGUAGACAUCUAUGGCACACUCCUAGCAGCUCGGUUACUUGUACCCAAGGGCGAACUCUCUGUAAGCGGCGAAGACUUCAAAAUUUCAAACCAGCGACGAUACAUUGACGACGGUUCCAAUCCCAUGCCCAUCUACACUGCAGUACGACACGAGAUCCCACUCGCUGAACAGGCUGACACCAAAGAUCCUAUCGCUGCGGAGGCAAAGGCGAGGAGGGAAGCUUGGUUCCAGUGGUUCGAGUUCACGCCAUACGAAAUGUGGUGUGAGGAGCUCUCAGCCGGUAUUCCCACUUGGGCCAUGGGUCGCCAGUUCAAAAACGGCAGGACCGUGUGGAGAGAGAACGGCCUAGCUCUGCCAGAGUUGCGCGUCCCGCUCCUCAUGGGUAUCUGGGGCUCCGCUUUCUGUGCAACUCUCUCGCACUACUACAAAGAGAUUCGCCCCGCCAUGAGCAUUCUCGCGGGCUUUGGCAGUAUCGACGCCAUGGUUGCAGAGCGCGACGACGACCUCGUCAAAGUGCACCCUAUCGAGCCUGCCUCGAUACCUAACUUCGCCAUAGGCAUGCGCGAGUUCCUCCCAUCCUCGUGCCCAGAGAGCAUCAACACAAUCAAGAACUUCCAAUUCAUGGAUGCGGGCAUGAGCAACAAUCUUCCCAUCUACCCGCUCCUCCGUCCUGGCCGCAAUGUCGACAUCCUUGUUUCUUUCGAUGCCUCAGCCGAUGUCCGUACAGACAACUGGCUCAAAGUCGCAGACGGGUACGCACGCCAGCGUGGCAUAAAAGGCUGGCCCGUUGGUGCAGGUUGGCCCUCCGAAGAUGAGUCGCCAGAGGAAAUCCAGCAUGGACUCGACGAAGCGCAGGCCAGAACCGAACAGCAGGCACAAGACAAAAUGCAAGCAGCGAAAGACCAGGACCUCAAGGACAAGAAAAAGAGCAAGAAGAAGGACCUAGGAUACUGCAACAUCUGGGUCGGCACAACCGAAGAGCGCAUCUCGGAGAAUUCGGACCAGCCCCCGGAGUCUAAACUCGUCGAGGAGGACUGGGAGCUCAUGCACGCCGACUCCGGCAUCACAGUCAUCUACUUCCCAUUCCUCGCCAAUCCAAAGGUCCCUGGUGUGGAUCCCAAGACUAGCGACUUCAUGUCGACGUGGAACUUUGUGUACACGCCUGAGCAGAUCGACUCAUGUGUGGAUCUCGCGAGGACAAAUUUCCAGGAAGGUGCUGAGCGCACAAAGCGUACUGUCAAGGCGGUCUAUGAGCGGAAGAAGACGCAACGCGAGCUGAAGGAGAAGAACGCCAGGGACAGGAGGUGGAAGUGGAAGUUGAGUCAGGGGCGUACGGCGGGGAGACGCGUGGGCGAGAGCGAGCAUGGGGAUCAGUUUAGUUAG